CGGAAAAGAGGAUUGGAGGGUAGCCACGUUUAGCAUUAGCAGCAAAAAAACCCAAACCCUCUUUUCUCUUUUUAUUCUUCUUCUUCUCCCCUUAGGGUUUUAGCUUCUUUUCUCUUUACGCCUCUACAAUGAGCAACGACAAGGAUGCCUUUAGUGUUGCUGAUCUCACUUCUGUUCUCAACGAGGAGAAUAGGGCAGACCUUGUCAAUGAUCUUAAGAACAAGAUACAGAAUUUGGCUGGACAGCACUCCGAUAUUCUAGAGUCCCUGUCACCUAAUGUCAGAAAGCGUGUUGAGGUUCUUAGAGAGAUCCAAGGUCAACAUGAUGAAUUAGAGGCGAAGUUUUUUGAGGAGAGAGCAGCUCUCGAGGCCAAAUACCAAAAGUUGUAUCUACCUCUCUACACUAAGCGCUUUGAAAUAGUAAAUGGUCUUACGGAAGUUGAAAGAGGGGCAGCAAAUGAAACAACACCUGAUAAUGAGGAGGAUAAUGAGAAAGGAGUGCCUGCAUUUUGGCUUAAUGCAAUGAAAAAUAAUGAAGUAUUAGCUGAAGAGAUUUCUGAGCGAGAUGAAGGUGCUCUCAAGUUUCUCAAGGAUAUAAAGUGGAGCAGGAUAGAUAACCCUAAAGGAUUCAAACUUGACUUUUUCUUUGAUACCAAUCCAUAUUUUACCAACUCUGUCUUGACGAAAACAUAUCAUAUGAUUGAUGAAGAUGAACCAAUAUUGGAGAAAGCAAUUGGGACUGAAAUUCAGUGGCACCCUGGAAAAUGCCUGACACAGAAGCUUCUUAAGAAAAAGCCUAAGAAGGGUUCAAAGAAUGCUAAACCAAUUACCAAAACCGAAAACUGUGAAAGUUUCUUCAACUUCUUUAACCCACCGCAAGUUCCUGAUGAUGAUGAAGACAUUGAUGAAGAUACGGCUGAGGAACUUCAGAAUCAGAUGGAACAAGACUAUGACAUUGGAUCAACAAUAAGAGACAAGAUUAUUCCCCAUGCUGUGUCAUGGUUUACUGGUGAGGCCAUUCAGGGGGAGGAGUUUGGAGAUCUGGAGGAUGAUGAGGAUAUUGAAGAGGAUGAUGAUGAAGAGGAGGAUGACGACGAAGAUGAUGAGGACGAUGAUGAAGAUGAGGAAGAAAGCAAGACUAAAAAGAAGUCAUCAACACAUAAGAAGGGUGGAAGAGCACAGUUUGGUGAUGGCCAACAGGGUGAGCGACCUCCAGAGUGCAAGCAGCAGUAGAAAUGUAUUUCUGCAGUGGGUUAUUUAUGCAGUUGUUGGUGUUCGAGAAUAUCUGGUGUAAAAGUGGGUUUCAUGUGGUUUUUAAUGUUACUUAAUUCAUUUUCCUCAGGAAAUCUUUAGUCUGAAUUUGUUGAGAGCCCCCUUCUCCUAUUUUGCACCCGUUUGGAGAGAAUUUGGUUAGUUAGGAUAAUGUGAUUUAUUAUUGCUAGAAUUUGGACGCCCGACUGUUAUAGUUGAAAUAUAUAGUCUGUGCUUCAGCAGUUAGUAAUUUUUGCUUUUAACUUUAUCAUAUCUCGGUCAACUGUUUUAAUUAUAUAAAUAUAUUUUUGAGUUGCACU